AUGAUGAGGUGGCGAAAUAUGGACCGUGAGUUAGGUUGAAAUUCGAUUUUGAGGUUUUUGUAAGGAAAAAAAAAAUACGAAUCAGAGAGAAGAUCAUAGCGAGAGAGAUGCAAACGACGCUGUUUCGACGGCUCGCUCCAUCGUUGGCAGCACGAUUUCAACGCAACGAGAAUCUUCUAACCUCUUUCUCUUCUUUAUCUUCUUCUUCUUCUUCCGUUCUUCACCAUGUCACGUCUUCGUCGUCGUCUUCUGCUGACGUUGAACCUGUUCACAUAACCGAAAACUGCGUUCGAAGAAUUAAGGAAUUGGAUUCUAAUGAACCAUCAACUGCUGGAAAAAUGCUUCGAUUGAGUGUAGAAACGGGCGGGUGUUCGGGGUUUCAGUAUGCUUUUAAUCUGGACGACAGAGUUAACUCGGACGAUAGAGUUUUCGAGAAGGAAGGAGUUAAAUUGGUUGUUGACAAUAUUUCGUAUGACUUUGUCAAAGGCGCGACUGUUGAUUAUGUCGAGGAGCUAAUUCGUUCGGCUUUCAUAGUGACUGAGAACCCCAGUGCAGUUGGCGGUUGUAGCUGUAAAAGUUCCUUCAUGGUGAAACAGUAGUUAGCUAUCUUGGGACUCCCCUCCUCAAUUUCCUCCACUGCUCAGAUAUAUACUCGGUGAACAAGAUUAUUAUAUUAUGAAUACAAUUUUUGUAACUCAAAAAACAAUUGACUAAAUUGAAGAUUAAAUUAUUGUUUGUAUAAUGAUAUCAAUGUUACAUACAGUUGGUUUACUGGUAAUAAAUUAUCAGGCAUUUCAGUCUA